AACUUGAAUCACGUGACCCAAACACGGAAGUGACACGAUAGCUGUAAGGAAAGUGUAAUUCUUGUAGCGUCUUCGUCGCGUUUUAGUUUAUUUUAAAUGUCACUAUUCGUCUUAAAAACUAUAAUAAACGCUACCGUAAAGUGUUUCCUCACAUUCAGUAUGAAUGUGUCGUCUUUUCGAGUUGUUGUGCCACUCUUUCUGGUGGCUUUAUCAGUUCUCGUCGCUAUACUGAUACAAACCUCGGCCAUGCCGCCUCGCCUGGUCGUGGCCGUCUCCGCCGUGGGUGUUCCCUCUAUGGUGGGUAUGGCGUUGGUCUGGAAGGACAUCCGCUCCAAAGUGAGGGGGCAAGGCCGGACUUUAAGCAGCCUGCUCGGCCAGUACGUGGCCGUGAAGGCGGUGGGCUGGCUGGGCAGGCGGCAGCGAGCCAAGCUGGAGGUCGACACCGUGGACGUGGGGAGAGUCCAGGAGGACACGCUCAUGGGACGACUUAGGAAAAACGAGCAGACCAUUUACGGCAGACUGUUUGACUUCAGUUCAAUAAAAGACAGUGCAACGUUCCGGGAACGCCAUCCCAUCACCACAUACGAGCAUUACCGUGACCUCAUAAGCCGAGUGGCCGCAGGGGAGGAGAAAGUGAUAACUGCCGAGAAGACCUCCAUCUUGGCUAUGACUUCCGGGACAUCUGGUCCUAGCGCCAUGUUGCUCAGCACCAAGGACACCAACGCCGAGUUCUUCCUGCAGGGCGUGGCUGUGUGUCUCGACGCCAUGCGAGAAACGUUCCCAGCCACAGAGAACCUUCAACGCACCACAAAGUUCUUCUACACACCAACUUUCCGCCAGUCCCAGGCCGGCAUUCCCAUCGGACCUAAUUCCUCAACACCGGCUUCUUCCCGCCACAUGCUGAACCUCUACACCACACCUUCACCGGCGUUCCAGGUUCACAACGAGAAGGACGCGCUCUAUCUCCAUCUCCUCUUUUCCCUCAAAGAUCCAAGCGUGGGAAUACUGGAGUCCAACUUUGCCUCCACUGUCUUUUACGCCUUCAGCGCCUUGCAGGAACGUUGGCAGGAGCUUCUGGAGGACAUUGAGCGAGGGAAAGUGAGCAACGCUUUGAAUUUGGAACCUGAUGUUCGAGUCAAACUUGAAACUCUCAUGAAGCCGCCGGAUCCGAAAAGAGCCGCUCAGCUGAGAGCGAACUUCCAGGCAGGCUUCCGGGGAAUCGCUAAGCGUCUUUGGCCUGAUCUCCAUCUUAUUCUGGCCGUGGAUUCCGGCUCCAAUGAGAUCUACGGGGAGAUGUUGAGGGCCGGUUCCUGCCAAGGAAUCCCUUUCUAUUCACCGUUCUACGCAGCUACUGAAGGUUUAAUCGGGGUCAACCUGUGGCCCGAGGACCCGAAGCGGCGCUACCUGUUGUGCCCUCGCUCGAUGUUCUGUGAGUUCCUGCCAGAGAACAGCAUGGACGAGGAGAUGCCCUCCACGCUGUUGAUGGAGGAGGUGAAGGAUGGGCAAAACUACGAGCUGGUCAUCACCAACGCUGCAGGCCUCUUCAGGUAUCGCCUCGGAGAUGUUGUGAAAGUGGUUGGAUUCCAUAACAGAUGUCCCAUUGUUGAGUUUCAGUACAGGCGUGGUCAAAUGUUGAGCGUACGAGGAGAGAAGGUCUCCGAGGUGAUGUUCCUGGACGCUUUGAAGAAAGCUGUUGCUCAGUGGCCUGGUGCUCAGCUGGUGGACUACUGCUGUGCAGAGAGCGGCAUUCUGGGAGAUUCCAUGGGUGGUUGUGAUCCUCACUACCAGGUCUUCAUUGAGCUGAAAGGCGUGAGGAACCUCACAGAGGCGCAGCGCGACAAGUUGGACCUGUGCCUCCAGCAGGACUCGGCGGUGUACAGGUCCUACCGCAUCAAAGGCAGCAUCGGACCAAUGAGGGUGCAGCUGGUGGCCCACGGUGCGUUCAAGGAACUCCGUAAGCAGAUGAUGAGCUUUUCCAACACCUCGGCCAACACCUUCAAAAUGCAACGCGUGUUACGGCGGAAAGAAUACGCCGACUUCCUCUUGGGGAAAACAGUUUCCUGAACACAACCAGUGCAUUGUGGGAAAUCACGUCAUGCACGGUGGUAAAAGGGAAUUUCACUGCUGGUGCCUUCAAUAUAACACAGACUAGUACAGCAUAGUCACAUUUUGUUGGAUGAAAAAGUGUACUAUGAUGGGUGAAACAACUGAUCCCGGGUGGGAUACGUAGUAGUGGUCUGCAAGCAUUAAAUAUUUAUUCUGUACCAUUCAUUAGUUUGCAUUAAAUUG